AUGUCACGAUCUUCUUGUAAUACUAUCUUGCAAUUUCAUUUCUCUUCUCAAUCUUUCAUCGCAUCAGUCCGGUUCUAUAACAUGCAUUUCAUCAACACACUCCUUCUCGGCGCUGGUGCCAUCUCAAUGGCCAGCGCAGCAACCACACCACAAUACCUCACCCUCGGCACUUUAAACUCCAACACGCCCAGCGGCAUCCACACACCCGCCCUAUCCACCAUCAGCUUCCCCAUCACCGACUCCAAGACCAAAGCGACCACCACCUGCACCAUCCAAUGGGACUGGACCAANAAGCCCUCUUCCUCAUGGACACCCUGCAAAGACUCCUCCUUCAGCAUCAAGGUCUCCAACUACAAGACCAUGACGGAUUUCAAAUUGGAUCUGCAACAUCAGUAUAACACCAAGACGGGCAAGAAGUGUGUUAAUCCUAAUGGCACUGGGUGUACUACUACCUUGGCUUCGACGACGGUUUCGAAGACUGUGGCGGGAUUCCAGAGUUAUUGUGGUGCUUCGGGGGCUUGUGGGGCUGUUGGGAAGAAGGGUGUUAAGGUUGCUGUUUCUUCGUCAAAGACUGGUACGCAGAAGUAG